CGACGUCGUACGAUGAAUCUGUCACUUAGCGGUAGAAAGAUUGCGAUGCCAGGUGUUUUGUCGGAAACUCAGUAUAUCACUCCCAUCGGAUCACCUACGCUCGACGAGUUGCUGAAAGAUUGUGACAGUUUCCGAAAAGGAGAUACUGGCGACGGCGUAAAAAGCGAUGAUCCAGCUCAUCACGUGAUAGAUGUCGAAGCCUUACACCUAAAACCUGUCCCGUUCGUCCUAGCGUUUAACAAUCUUGAAUACGAUGUCACACUUCGACGUCGUUUUGGGUUCUCGGGAAGAAGCGGAGUAAAGACUCUACUUGAUGAUGUUUCCGGCGAGGCUUGCGACGGAGAUAUCCUCGCCGUUCUUGGUGCAAGUGGAGCAGGGAAGUCUACUUUGAUCGAUGCAUUAGCGGGGCGAGUUGCUGAGGGAAGCUUAAGAGGCUCCGUAACUCUAAACGGAGAAAAAGUCUUGCAAUCUCGGUUGCUAAAGGUCAUAUCGGCGUAUGUGAUGCAAGACGAUCUUCUCUUUCCGAUGCUCACCGUUAAAGAAACCUUGAUGUUCGCUUCCGAGUUCCGUCUCCCGAGAUCUUUAUCCAAGUUAAAGAAGAUGGAGCGUGUUGAAACCCUAAUUGACCAAUUAGGGCUUAGAAACGCGGCCAACACGGUAAUCGGAGACGAAGGUCACCGUGGAGUAUCAGGCGGAGAGCGACGGCGCGUUUCAAUAGGAAUCGAUAUUAUUCACGAUCCCAUCGUGUUGUUCCUCGACGAGCCAACGUCGGGUCUGGAUUCUACAAACGCCUUUAUGGUGGUGCAAGUUUUGAAACGUAUCGCUCAGAGUGGCAGUAUUGUAAUUAUGUCGAUCCAUCAACCUAGUGCUCGCAUCGUGGAGUUGCUUGAUAGGCUUAUCAUCUUAUCUCGCGGCAAAAGUGUUUUCAACGGAUCUCCGGCUAGUCUUCCUGGAUUCUUCUCCGAUUUCGGUCGUCCGAUCCCGGAGAAAGAGAACAUCACAGAGUUCACUCUUGAUUUAGUUCGAGAGCUCGAAGGAUCCACCGAAGGAACCAGAAGUUUAGUUGAAUUCAAUGAAAAGUGGCAACGAAACAAGCUCAGUCUCAGCCAAUGUGCUCCACAAACCAACAUGUUGGAGCUAGACCACACGUUAACCUUAAAAGAAGCCAUCAAUGUAAGUGUUUCUAGAGGUAAACUAGUUUCAGGCUCAUCUAGAGCCAAUCUUACUUCCAUGGAGACAGUAUCUUCAUACGCAAACCCGUCAUUGUUCGAAACAUUCAUCUUAGCCAAACGGUACAUGAAAAACUGGAUGCGGAUGCCGGAGCUUGUAGGAACACGGAUCGCUACCGUAAUGGUGACUGGUUUUCUCUUAGCCACUGUGUACUGGAAGCUGGACCACAGUCCAAGAGGAGCACAAGAGAGAUUGACCUUGUUCGCUUUCGUUGUUCCGACAAUGUUCUACUGUUGUUUAGACAAUGUUCCCGUUUUUAUCCAGGAACGAUACAUUUUCUUGAGGGAGACAACACACAACGCGUACAGAACAUCUUCGUACGUUAUAUCUCACUCCCUCGUGUCUCUUCCUCAGCUCCUUGCUCCGUCCUUAGUAUUUUCCGCGAUCACAUUCUGGACUGUUGGAUUGAGCGGCGGACUAGAAGGUUUCUUCUUCUAUUGCCUCAUAAUCUACGCCUCCUUCUGGUCUGGUUCCUCCGUCGUGACCUUCAUAUCCGGUGUUGUCCCCAAUAUCAUGUUAAGCUACAUGGUCGCUAUUUCCUAUCUCGCCUACUGUUUACUGUUGAGUGGAUUCUACGUCAACCGAGAUCGGAUACCUAUCUACUGGACAUGGUUUCAUUACAUUUCACUGCUCAAAUAUCCCUAUGAGGCUGUCUUAAUCAACGAGUUUGAUGACCCAUCCCGUUGUUUUGUCAAGGGAGUCCAAGUAUUCGACAGCACUCUUCUCGGAGGAGUAUCUGAAUCCGGGAAGGUUAAGCUCCUCGAAACUCUCGGUAAGUCUCUGCAAACGAGAAUUACAGAGUCCACCUGCUUGAGGACUGGAUCCGACUUUCUUGAGCAGCAAGGUAUUACUGAGUUGAGCAAGUGGGAAUGCUUAUGGAUCACAUUUGCGUCAGGUCUUUUUUUUAGGAUCUUGUUUUACUUCGCCUUAUUGUUGGGGAGCAGGAAUAAGAGGACAUGAAGAUUACUAGUCCCCACAAACACAUGUAUCUGCAUUAGCUACAUAUUUAAGUAAAUCUUGAAAAAUGAUCCC